GCUUUUUCACAUUGUUUGUCCUCAGAGGGCUACCAUAGUGCUGCCUACACACGUGGAACAAGCAGCUGUUGUGCUCAGAGAGAACUUUUUAACUGGGAGCUGGAUUCGGAUCCUGCCACCAUACUGGGUCAUGGAGCCAGGAAUAAGAGUUGAUCCAGGAUGCAGCAAAUGGGACAUACGUCAAAAGGUUUGGGAUUAUAUUGAGAAUAAUAAUUUGGCUGACUUCCCAAGGCCAGUUCAUCACAGGAUACCAAAUUUCAAGGGAGCCUCCCAGGCAUGUGACAAGCUAUCUACAUUAAAGGAGUUCCAGGCUGCCAGGAUUGUUAAGAUUAACCCUGAUACACCUCAGAAGAGAGCGCGCUUUCUCACUUUAGAAGCUCGUAAGACUUUGUUAGUUCCAACACCACGGCUUCGAACUGGUCUUUUCAACAAAAUCACCCCUCCUCCUGGGGCAAACAAAGAAGUGCUAAGAAUAUGUUCAACUUCACAGGGAGUGAAGGAUUACAGUGUCCCAAUGGGUCUGGAUGCUAAAGUUCAGGUGGACUUAGUGGUUGUUGGUUCCGUUGCAGUGUCUGUACAAGGCUGGAGGAUCGGAAAAGGAGAAGGUUUUGCUGAUAUGGAAUAUGCAAUGAUGGUGUCCAUGGGGGCAGUCACAGAACACACAGUUGUGGUUACUGUUGUGCAUGAUUGCCAAGUGGUCGAUAUUCCUGAGGAACUUCUUGAAGACCAUGAUCUUACAGUGGACUUUAUACUGACACCAACCCGAAUAAUCAAAACAGACUGCAAACGAGCAAAACCCCAAGGAAUCAUAUGGUCAAUGAUCACGAGAGAGAUGAUGGGUAAGAUCCCAAUCCUAAGAAAUCUGCAGGACAGGGAGAGGAGAGCUGGAAAAGAUGUGUCUCUGAAGGAUGGAAAUGCAUCUGAACAAGGCAGUAGGCAGUCUCCUUUAUGUGUGCCAGAGAAGGAAUUAGGGCCUUGUGGUUCUGUAUUGAGUGAGCAUAAGCAUCUAGCCAAUGCUCAACUGCACACUAAACUGGAAGCCUGUAACUUGCAUGAUGGGGCAACAGUAUAUAUAGGAGAUAUACCUUCAACUACAAGAGUUAGUGAAUUAAAGAGCAUGUUGAGGGAGAGAGGGGCAGCUCCUCUAAGACUCACAUGGCAAGGAGCUCAGCACAGAGCCUUCCUUGAUUACAGAGAUGUGGCACAGGCCAAGCAGGCUCUUUCCAGCUUGGAAGGAAUAAGUAUAAAUGGUAUUUCCCUGCUGGUGGAAUUGGCAAGGACACAGAGGCCCAAAGCCAAUGGAAACCAAGGAUUUAGGAACAAUAAAUUGAGAGCCACAAACCCGAGUACUGUCAGUCAACCGCAUAUACCCACUUGAUGUUAUAAGAAAUCACAAACAUAGAUCUUUAUUAACAAAGUGUAUCCCUGUUUUAAGUCUUUAUCCAGAAUGUGCCUUAUUGUGCAAUAAAGCUGCAUCAUGGAAACUCAACAGGGACUGAGAUAAGUUACAUAUUAAUAAUUGUACCUCCUUUGUGAAAAGGCAAUAGUAAACUCUAUUUUUUCAUAGUAGUGCAGAUUUAACUGCAGACAUCAAUUCUUACGGUGUUUGCUUAGAGCUGCUCCCAGCGCACAUGCUACUGCUCAUUGAUCACUUCCAAGUAGCCUGGCACUAGAUGUAAUGCUGCCAAACAUGGUAGCCACCAAGGGGUCAAUAAGCCUUGUUCAUUGAGCUAAACUCUUAAAGGUCAAAAUAAACCCCAAAAUAAAUAUUUGUCUAAUAAAAGAACCUGAUUCUAAGCAGCUUUUCAAUAUACAUUUAUUAAAAAUUGUCCGUGCUUUUAAAGUUAUUUGUAAAAACAAGUGCUAUUGGAAGCCGGAUUUGCUUAACUCCUGGUUGUUACUUUCUAAACAAUAUUGCAAAAGUUAAAAACCAUAGAAAAUUUGUAAUAAAUGUAUAUUGCAAAGUUGCCUAGAAUUAUGUUUUAUUUUAUUAGUCAAAAAAAGUAUUUUUGGGUUGACAUUCCCUUUAAAAAACUGAGUGUGGGGUGUGUUCUCCUUUAAUCAUCUGUUGUUUGUUUUUUUUAUUCCAAUACAUCUUUAUUUAAAAGGCAGUUAUUUCCAUCAGGUAGCAUACAUAUAACAUCUGCUAUAACAUUGUCUGGGUUUUAUUAUCAAAUGUACCAUAUUACAACUUGGGUGUCUGUUCCUUAUAAUUUCUCAGAAGCAGAGAUUCUUAUAUAAAACAUUUGUCAAAUUAUGUAGAUACACUAAAAAACACAAAUGAGAUACCUGUAAUUGCCUUCAUAUUGUUUAUGAAAUGCUGCCACUAAAGAGAGGAGAAUUAGAAGAAAAUUCUUGUGUAUCAAAUAGGAAAAUGGUCAUUUUCUCCUGGGUCAUAAUCUAAACUAUUCUGUUCUUGACUGGGUCUAGUGGAAUUUGCUUAAUUUUCCAUUUUCUAGCUACUGCUUUUUGCAGCUAUCAUAAUAGCUGUAAACAAUUGAGUGUAUCAUGUUAAAGAUCCUAAUUCAAAACCUUCAAACGUUUGGGCAUAUCCACUUUAUAUGGAACGUAGUGCCUAUUUUCCCUCAACCUCAAAAACAUGUAGGAUCAGCCAAGGGUGCAAAUUUUGCUAUACGUACUGGUGCUAGAUACCAUAUAAGGAGUAUAGUUUGUCUAUAGUUAUUUAAAUAAUCUGAUCUCUUUAACUCUCAACCAGAUAUUGUCUGUUUUUUUUAUACAUAAUAUAUUGAAGACCGUCAUGGCUGCCACACUCUGUCUGUGUUUUUACAUCGGCUGAGAAGACGCGUGUGACAUCACGCUUGGAGCAGAAGGUACUAAUACUGGUACAAAAUAUUCACAUAUGAUUAGGCAGAUACAUGUAAAAUGCAACCAUGUUUAUUCAACAGCCAGUAGAUGGCACUUGAACUCUGGGGAAAAAAGAGAUUUUUUUUGCCUGUUUAAUUUUGCCAUAUGACCCAUCAAAUGUAUUGAACACCAUAAAGCCUAGACUGUAACUUUGUAAUAUGGCUGCUAGGGAAUAAGUGCUAAUAUUCUAGCUCUCAUCAACUUGUGGCACCUGCCAAUAUUAUGUAUUUGAAAAUAACUUUACUGUAAAGGAAUAUUUAUAUAUUUAAUAUGUUGUACAAGUUCAA